AUGCCGGUGCGGAGGGGCCACGUGGCCCCGCAGAACACCUACCUGGACACCAUCAUCCGCAAAUUCGAAGGGCAGAACCGCAAGUUCCUCAUCGCCAACGCCCAGAUGGAGAAUUGCGCCAUCAUCUACUGCAACGAUGGCUUCUGUGAGAUGUUCGGCUACUCCCGGGUGGAGGUCAUGCAGCGCCCUUGCACCUGCGACUUCCUCACCGGGCCUGAGACCACCAAAAACUCCAUCGCGCAGCUGACUCAGGCCUUGCUGGGAUCCGAGGAGUGCAAGCUAGAGAUCCUCUACUACAGGAAAGACACGUCGUGCCUCCGGUGCCUGGUGGACGUGGUCCCGGUGAAGAACGAGGAAGCAGCCGUCAUCAUGUUCAUCCUGAACUUCGAGGACCUGGCCGAGCUCAUCGCCAAGAGCGCCAGCCGGAGUCUCCACCAGCGACUGUCCCAGGGCUGGCGCCAAGAGGCCUCCCAAGUCAAGGCCAACCCCCAGAACUCCACCUCGGACUCGGACCUCACGAGGUACCGCACCAUCAGCCAGAUCCCGCAGUUCACCCUCAACUUUGUGGAGUUCAACCUGGAGAAGCACCGCUCGGGCUCCACCACUGAGAUCGAGAUCAUCGCGCCCCACAAGGUGACGGAGCGCACGCAGAACGUCACCGAGAAAGUCACACAGGUCCUGUCGCUGGGCGCGGACGUCCUCCCGGAGUACAAGCUGCAGGCGCCGCGGAUCCACCGAUGGACCAUCCUGCACUACAGCCCCUUCAAGGCGGUGUGGGACUGGCUGAUCCUGCUGCUGGUCAUCUACACGGCCGUCUUCACGCCCUACUCGGCCGCCUUCCUGCUCAACGAGGAGCAGGAGGAGAAGCGCUGGAACUGCGGCUACUCCUGCAACCCGCUCAACAUCAUCGACCUCAUCGUGGACAUCAUGUUCAUUGUGGACAUCAUCAUCAACUUCCGCACCACCUACGUCAACAUCAACGACGAGGUGGUGAGCCACCCUGGCAAGAUCGCCAUCCAUUACUUCAAGGGCUGGUUCCUUAUCGACAUGGUGGCUGCCAUCCCCUUCGACCUGCUCAUCUUCCGCUCCGGCUCUGAUGAGACCACCACGCUGAUCGGGCUGCUGAAGACAGCCCGGCUGCUACGCCUGGUGCGUGUGGCCCGUAAACUGGACCGCUACUCCGAGUACGGGGCGGCCGUGCUCUUCCUGCUCAUGUGCACCUUCGCCCUCAUCGCCCACUGGCUGGCCUGUAUCUGGUACGCCAUCGGCAACGUGGAGCGGCCCUACAUGGAGCACAAGAUCGGCUGGCUGGACAACCUGGGCGACCAGAUCGGCAAGCGCUACAAUGACAGCGACCUCUCGUCCGGCCCCUCCAUCAAGGACAAGUACGUCACGGCGCUCUACUUCACCUUCAGCAGCCUCACCAGCGUGGGCUUCGGCAACGUCUCCCCCAACACCAACUCCGAGAAGAUCUUCUCCAUCUGUGUCAUGCUGAUUGGCUCUCUGAUGUACGCCAGCAUCUUCGGCAACGUCUCUGCCAUCAUCCAGCGCCUGUACUCGGGCACGGCCCGCUACCACACCCAGAUGCUGAGGGUGAAGGAGUUCAUCCGCUUCCACCAGAUCCCCAACCCCCUGCGCCAGCGCCUGGAGGAGUACUUCCAGCACGCCUGGUCCUACACCAACGGUAUCGACAUGAACGCGGUGCUGAAAGGCUUCCCCGAAUGCCUGCAGGCUGACAUCUGCCUCCACCUGAACCGUACCCUGCUCCAGAACUGCAAGGCCUUCCGAGGGGCCAGCAAGGGCUGCCUCCGAGCCCUUGCCAUGAAGUUCAAGACGACUCACGCUCCUCCCGGAGACACCCUGGUGCAUUACGGGGACGUCCUCACCACCCUCUACUUCAUCUCCCGCGGCUCCAUCGAGAUUCUCCGGGAGGACAUUGUGGUGGCCAUCCUAGGGAAGAACGACAUCUUUGGGGAGCCCAUCAGCCUCUAUGCCCGGCCUGGGAAAUCCAACGCGGAUGUCCGGGCACUGACCUACUGCGACUUGCAUAAGAUCCAGCGGGAGGACCUCCUGGAGGUCUUGGAUAUGUACCCGGCCUUUUCCGACAACUUCUGGAGCAACUUAGAGAUAACCUUCAACCUGAGAGAUGCAGACAGCAUCCCCCGCUCGCCGCUCAGCGAGGACUACGACUGCUCCUACCGCCGCGUGCGCCGGCGCAAGCAUUCCCUCUGCCGGCCCCCCAAGACCGACCCGGAUGGGCUGGACACGGGCAUCUCGGACGCCGAGCCAUACCACACCUACUCGGAGCUCACCAACCUGCAGGGCCCCCUCAGCAAGGACCAGUGGGAUGACCUGUGCAGCAGCACCACGCCUUGCUCGCAGACCAGCGACGAGGAGGCCAAGCCCCCCAGCCCCACCCAGGCCGAGCCCUCUCCUGACUCCGACCAGGACGACUUUGCCCCAGCCGUGCUCAGCCUGGUCACCCCCAACGCCAGUGGCACCGAUGUCAGCAAGCAGGCGGCGGAGGACAGCCAGUCCUACGCGGCCACCCCCGGGGACGUUCCAAACAUGUUCGCCUUCUGGGAGGACAGACAGCCAAACCUCCACCCAGAGCCCCUGCCGCACGCGUCCUUGGUCCACAACUCCCGGGCCAACCCUCUGCGCUUGGACUACGGGCAGGGUCAGAUCGAAUCCCGACUGGAGCUGCUGCAGGCUCAGCUCAGCAGGCUGGAGUCCAGGAUGUCUUCGGAUAUUAAUAUAAUCCUCCAGCUCCUGCAGCGCCAGCUGUCCCAAGUGCCGCCCGCAUACAGCCCCAUCUCGCCGUCCUCCCACAGCCUGGCCAUGUACAGCAUGGGCCCGAGGGGCAUGGAGCCUGCUCCACCGUGCACGCCGCUGCAGGAGAAGGACCUGACUCCUCCCGGGGAGAGCCCAAGCUACACAGAGAUAGAAAAGUUCCAGCUGAAAUCCAGGGACUCCUUGUCAAGCGGGGUACACCUGUUGGCAGCUUCAGAGAAAACCAUCUACUCCCAGCCGGAACUCCAUUCCCAGACCUUCCCCAACCCAGAGCCCCACCAGAGGGCAACACACACACGGGGACUCUUCCACGGCUCUCGUUUCCCUUCCCUCCCCGAGCACCUUGAAGCCUCUUCCGAGCACCUAGACAUUCAGAGACAUCUCUCCGACCCGGUGCUUCCCGGCAGUUAGAGACGCGCAUGCGCCGAACCAAGCCAAGAGGAACCGCAACUGAGAACUGGUUUCGCUGAUUUCAGUUUUGACUGUGGGGGUGAGACGGGGAGGACAAUGUUAUUGGCUCAGGGGUACACUUUGUAGCUGUCUUCUGCCCCGGUGGAGGGGAGUGGAGAGUGGAGGGAGUUCAGAGAUCAUUGUUCUCCAAAGGCUUAUGUAGAGUAGGUUCAAACUGCACAUUAUAGAGUGCACCCAACGCGGCUCUUUUUGAUGGCCACCAAGAAGCCAACGGGCUGGAGGAGCCAGAUGGCACCAGCCUCCUCUUCCUCGCCAAGGCUUCCUCCCUGUGUUGGUGCCACCAAAAUGGGCCACAACUGCAGGAGGAGAGUGAAUGCACGGCUGGGAGGCCACCUUGCUGGCAGCUCUAUGGGGCGGGGACCACCUCGACAUCUGUGUUCGUACCGCGCCUAGCACCACGGGACCUUUGUGCACUACCAUACUGGGGUUGUUCAUCCUGGAGACGAUGUUGUCUGGAGGAGGAGAGGGAAAGAGGGAUAAAUGGCAUCAGAUAGUGGGAGAAUGAAGGAGCUGGAGGUGUAAGGUCCAGAGGAUGGGCAGAGGAGAGGAGUAAUCCCUCUCCUACCUGGCUGUCAUUAAGAAACGAGGGUGGUGGUUUCCACCCCUCUAGCACGCUUCAGCACAGGUCCCUGGCCAGCAGCCUCUACAGCAAGGCUGACUGUAAGCUUCAGCCAGGCCCGAGACGCUUUCCUCCAGCCCGCAUCCGACUCUUGCAAAGCCCCCGUAGCUUCCCAGACAAACUCAACUGUGACCCGGCGUGAGUGGAAAGCACAAAACUCAUAAGCACAAUCCUGGAAAGCAGAAAAGCAAAACCAACCCCCAGACGCGUUGUUUUUAGCUCUCGCCCGGAGAUCGUCUCCUUGGAUAAUGGUUUCAUAGAUGCUCCCCUACACACACACACCCCGAGGGACCCCAUUGCUCCCCUGCAGGAGAAAACCCGCCUAGCAAUGCUGCCUUCCACUCGGUUAGAUGCUAUAUAGGUAGUCUCGGCCGCCGGCUCACGCUGUGUUGAGCUCCCUGUGAGAGUAGCAAGACUGUGAG